AUGGGUGCAUUUGAAAUGUUCGACUUGGGUAUACUGCAUUAUUUUCUUGGUCUUGAAGUGAGACAAGGUUUGGAUGGAAUCUUUAUUUUGCAAAGAAAAUAUUCUACUGAACUUUUACAGAAUUUCAACAUGCUGAAUUAUAAUCCAUCUCCCACGCCCAUGAAUAUGAAUGAGAAAAAGGUGUUUGAUUAUGGUACAGGUGCAACAAAUGUUUCCUAUUUUAGAAGCUUGGUUGGUGGUGUAAACUACUUAUCACAUACAAGGUCCGAUAUAGCAUUCUAUGUUAGUUUGAUUCCAAGGUUCAUGCAUUGUCCUUUAAAGCAACACCUUGGUGCAGCCAAAAGGAUCUUGCGGAGCACAUCUAGGAAUGUCUUUAGUCUUGGUUUUGGAAAAAUAUCAUGGAGUUCAAGGAAAGAAGAUACAAUCGCUUUGUCAUCUGGAAAAGCAGAAUACAUGGCUACAACUUCCACCGGUUUCCAAGCUAUCUGGUUAAGGAAAUUGUUAGUGGAUCUUCAAAAAGAGCAGAUUGGUCCAACUAGUGAUUACUAUGAAAACAAAUCCUGCAUUUCACAGUAG